AUGCCAAAGAAACGCAUUUUAGGAAAACGGUUUGUCAAGCAUGGAAGUGCGAAAACUAAUGAAGAACGUCCUACAAAAUUAAAAGUUGGCGAAAUGUACUUUGUUCCUCUCUCCAAAGUUUUAAGGAAUUUUUCAAAAAAUCCAACGUACGCUGAUAUUUUAGACAAUCAUACUUCCAAGCCAGGCAUACUUGCAUCAUUUCGGGACGGAUCAAAGUAUGAAACUCAAAUAUGGAGACAAGAUAAUUCUCACCACAAUAUUUUACUCUAUAUGGAUGAUGUAGAUAUGUGUGACGGUUUAGGAUCGAAGGCUGCUGGAAAUCAAAAGUUUUUAAUGAUUUAUGCUACCACUCUUCAAGUACACCCUAUGUACCGAUCUUCACUACGUCACAUCCAUUUAGUCGGAAUUGUAAGAUCGAAAUAUGUCAAACUAUAUGACAUAAAUUGUGUGUUGAAGUGUAUUGUCAAAGAUUUUAAAAAAAUCGAGAAUGGCAUUAAUUAUUCAGAUGGGACACUUAUCAGAGGUUCAAUUUUAGCCAGUAUUGGAGAUAACCUUUCACAAAAUUGUGCCUGCGGUGUGAAAGAAUCAUUUGGUAAAACUAGGCAUCAGUGUCGAACUUGUCUUGCUAGUCUAAAAGAAAUGCAUAAAAUGGUCGAGGAAGAUGAGAAUUUGUUACGCAAUGAAAUAGAUCACAACCAACAAGUUGAAAAUAUAGAAAAUGCAGUUGGCCAGGAAAAGGAAAAAUUGAUGACAGAAUACGGAAUUAAUAGAAGAAGUAUUUUAAAUGAAUUGUUGGGAUUUCAUGUAACUGAAGGUGCACCCCCUGACCUAAUUCAUGACCUAAUUCUAGGUGUAAUACCUAAAACAAUACAAUACUUGUGCCAAAAAGUUAUAUUAAAUAAAAUUUCAGUUGCGGAUCUAAAUAAGCGAAUAGCUUCCUUUGAUUUUGGUUACACCGAAGUGGACAAGCGUCCACCUCCACUAAAGGCCACACACCUCAUUCCAGGUGCAGGUUUAAAAUUAUCAGCUGUAGAAAUUUGGACACUGGCGUAUAUAUUGUUAUUUGUAAUUCAGGACCUCGUCGAGAUAAAUUGUUCUUACUUCGAAAAUUACUUAACUCUGCUGCAAAUAUCGUGUAUUGUGUUCGGAUUUGAAAUUGGCCGCGGAAUGAUAGACACAUUGGGUGAUUUAAUAACGGAAUAUUUACAAGGAUUCACCGAUCUAUAUGGUGCCGACACUUUAAUCCCUAAACAACAUUUUAUGAUACACUAUCCAAAAAUAAUUUUGUAUUUUGGCCCGCUCUGCACAUUUAUGUGCUUACGUCCGGAAGCAAAACAUCAAGUUUUUAAAAGAAUUACGCAAGGAAUGAGAAACUAUAAAAAUUUGCCUCAAACGUUAUCAGUUAGAUAUCAACAAAGGCAAGCGUUAGAGUUACUACAACCUUUUACAAAUGAAGUUCAAUUCGGCCGCCAAAAAUUAAUAUUAAAUUAUGAGUUACCGUUUACUCAUUUACUUCUACCAGGAGAACUGCUUUGCACAACAUCAUGGGUAAUCGUUAACGGAAAUAAAUAUGUUCCAAGGAAAUGUCUUUUGCCUAUUGGUUACUCCGAUGACAACCUUCCUCAAUUUGCAGCAUUGGAAAUAAUCCUUAAAUACAACGAUGGACCCGUUUUUAUUUGUAAAACAGUGGAAACUGCUUCUCUCAAUAUGAAAUUAAUGGCUUAUGAAGUCUCUGUUCAAAAAGAGUUUCAAAUUUACAGACCUCAUAAUUUUAAAAUUCACCAAGCAUUUCAUUGUCACAAAUUUGAAAACAAAUCUUUUGUAAUUGUAAAACGAUGUUUCGGAGACAUGUUCUAG